CGUCCACGGAGGACGAUCAGUCCGGCAGCUCGUAUGCAUAUGGCGUUUGACGGCCCAGUGAAAACCGUUUACGAGGCGUACACAAAACUCUCGCACGAUGAAUUAAUUCUAUUCCUCAAAGUCCGAAACCUGCCUACCCCGGGCACGGACUCCGAGCUGGCAUCACGACUAGCACAACACGAUGUCCACACGUAUCACUUUCCAACUACCUCAAGUGAACCUCAACCUCCCUCGGGUUCUUCGGAUGAAGAUAACCACAAGGCAAGGCCUUGUCAUCAGAUGCGAACGCCCGACUUGCCAGUCGAGAUUUUGGUCCACAUCAUUGACUAUCUAAACGAUUGGCCGUUAUCGCGUGCGUUAGGCUUGCCCACCUCUCUCCAAGUACCAAUGGAUUGGUCCAACGCGUGUCCUACGGACUUAGCGAUGUUGACGGGAUCUAUCCCGGUCAUCCGUGCUGCUGAUCCCGCUACAAACCCACCCUCGAAACUUGGUGCUGCCGCCGCUGUUCGCUUCGAGCAUGUUCAUGUUCUCGAAUUCUUUCUCACGCAGCAUCGGUGCCUUUUCUUGUCCAUUUUCAAGGAUGAUCUAAUUCCGAUCACUGCCUCAAAACACGGUCGCACCGCCGUUCUUGCAUGGUGGAAGCACGGCUUCGAGCAGCACCCAGAUCUUGUGCAUCCUCCAAAGCCAGGUUCUAUUGCUGAAGCCGUGGACGGCGCUUCUCGAAAUGGAAAAAUAGCGUCCCUUGAUUGGUGGAUUUCCUCGGGGCUUCCCUUUGAAUAUACGGAGGCUGCUCUUGAGCAAGCCAGUGCAAAGAACAGAAUUGCUGUGCUUGAUUGGUGGAAAAGGCAGCAUUCCCAAAAUGGCUUGACACUCAAAAUCGGACGUGUUAUGGAAAUGGCGAGUAAUGCUGGACAUGUGGGUGUCCUUGAGUGGUGGGCGUCGUCGCAACUAGAGUACCCACUCGAUCGCCACAUUUUGCAGCGUGCAAGCACCCUCGGGAAGAUUCAAGUGCUGGAUUGGUGGUUAGGCAGCGGUCUCCAGUUGUCCUUUGAUCAGGAAGCCCUCAUUGGAGCAACACGCCAUAACCGUAGCGAGGUGUUGGAGUGGUGGGACAAAAGCGGAUUGCCUGUCCAGUAUCGGAUGUGUGACAUCGAAGAAGCUCUGGAAGAAGCGAUGGGCGGUGGGGACAAAGCCAGAGAUUGGUGGAAGAAAAAGGGGGUGGAUUUCAAAGCCGACGAUAAGGAAUGGAUGAAACUUCAGACCCUCAAUUGAUUGGAACCACUCCCUCAUGAACCCUUUCACACCCCAUCAAACACUCGCAUCCUCACCUGUGCCCAAUUACAUAGCUAUACAUACUUAUUCUGGUUCUUCACUCCACAACUGCGCAUAGUACACACAAUUAUUGUCAGCAUUGAAGGUAUACAUACACUUCUUUCAGAUGUUCUUUGUUUGACUGCUACGUAGCAGUGUUGAUUAGUGCUCGACUUGUGCAGAAGGUUCUGUCAAGUGAUACAAGGCUGGCAGACAUCUUGGAUAUGCCCAACCUUCCCAAGUCACGGAUGGUAUACGUCCGCUGCUAUUCUUCAUGAAGGUGCCUGAAAAACGAGUCUCGUUACCACAAUAUGAUCGCAGUUGACG